AUGUCUUCGAACUCUUGGGAUCAAGACGAGCGCCCUGCGCGGCGCCAGUCUAUCCCGCUACAGAAUCUCCAUGGAUCGCAUCUUGAUAACCACCAGGCCCAGGCCGGGCUGUCACGCCAGCAGCCGAGCCCAGACUCAUCCCGCGAUGUUCCUCAAAUGUCCGCCAACCUUCCUGGUAUUUCGACAUAUUGGGACCAACCCUACGAUCAUUUCAACGACGAUAUUGGUCCAAGAUCGCCCAUAGAUCCGAUAGCUUUGCAAGCCGCUUUACCUCCGGGUAUGGACUAUCAUGAAACAAGUCCACCACUGCCCUCUACUCCAGUCCGAACAUACGAUCCUCCCGCUCCAUAUGUCGAAGAUGCGCCGAGUACCGACUACGCGGAAUCCGACAGAGUUCCGUUGACAUCUGGCGCCGAGCCUAUUUCUGGUUCCUUAUCCGCCAGCAAUCUGGAUGAUCGGAACCGAGAUAGCUUUCAGACGGUAUCAAGUGUAGAGAAUAGCCCUUCACGCGGCCGCAAUACAAGGAGUCUUGGUGAAGACCUAAGAGCUAGCUAUGGAUCUACAAGAAAUCGCAACUUUGGUGCCUCGCUCACCCCAAACGAAUACAGGAGGUCAAGGUCACCUUCAACGUCGGGCGCUCUAUCACGCGCGGGAUCAAUUGUACGGGCGAUGUCACAGCGUGUCGUCAAUAUCAGCGGAGAAACCGAAAUCAUUGAUCACCGAGCCUCAAGGCACCGUUCACGCUCACCUAGCAGACACGACCAAGAUAGGAACCGAGACACCGUGACCUCAAUGUUUGCCGAUACAUCAUAUCAACCACAACUUGUUCGUUCAUCAAGCGAGAAGUCCGCAGAACCUCGCUUCAACGUGACUGAAGCCGAACCAGAUUUACAUAGGCCGCCUUUACCAAACCCCCUCAAGGGAAAAUCAUUGGGAAUAUUCUCUCCGAACAAUCCUCUGAGACUGCGCCUUUGCGACCUUCUAGUCAACCCAUAUACGGAACCUUUUCUCCUUCUGCUGAUUGUCCUGCAGGCUGUUCUUCUAGCCGUUGAGUCUGCUCCGAAUGUGUUUGAGAAAGGGCGCCCGGAACGAUGGGGCAAAAAUCCUAUCGACUGGGCCAUGCUUGCACUCUUCAUCAUCUUUACUCUGGAGAUCAUCUCCCGUAUCAUUGUUUCUGGCUUUGUGUUGAAUGCGGCAGAAUACAGUACCAUCGAUCGCAAAAAGGGAGUUCGAGCAGCAAUUGCGGACCAGUAUCGGUCCAUCUUCCAGCCUGAGCGGAUGAAAUCAGUGAAGAAGACAUCACAAUACCGGCCAGAACCAUCCGCUAUCUCCCGAUCUUUUACAACCUUCAUGCAGGGCCAGCAGGCAUUGCCGCAAACUUUGGAAGAACACCAGAGGUUCCAGCUUGCUCGCCGAGCAUUUCUACGUCAUUCUUUCAAUCGGUUCGAUUUUGUUGCUGUCGUCUCGUAUUGGAUUACUUUCUGCCUAAGUAUUUCCGGACUUGAGACUGAACAUGAUCUCUACGCAUUUCGGAUGUUGAGCUGUCUACGAAUUUUGAGGUUACUAGCUCUUACCAAUGGUACAGCAAUCAUUCUCAGGAGUUUGAAGAAAGCAACACCGUUGCUUGUACGUGUCGCAUUUUUGAUCACAUUCUUUUGGCUACUCUUCGCCAUUAUUGGCGUACAGAGUUUCAAAGCCAGUUUGAGUCGGCAGUGUGUUUGGCUUGAUCCUCUUCAACCAACGGACCUUGAUGCGUCUUACACAAACGAGGAAGCUUUCUGUGGGGGUCACUUGAAUAAUUUGACGGGUGAGAUCAUGCCAUGGCUCAAAUUCAACGGUUCGAAGUCUUUGGCAGACCUUACGAAUGGAACCAACGAAGGGAAGGGGUCCAUCUGCCCUCGAGGUUCCAUCUGUCUUCAACAAUCCAACCCGAAUAACGGGACAGUCAACUUUGACAACAUUUUCAACUCAUUGGAACUCGUCUUCGUCAUCAUGAGCGCCAACACAUUCUCCGAUAUUAUGUACAAAACCAUGGGCUCGGAUUAUUUCCAGGCCGCCCUCUUUUUCGGUGCCGGCAUCAUGAUCAUGAUGCUUUGGCUUACGAACUUGUUGAUUGCUGUCAUUACUUCAUCUUUCCAAGUCAUUCGCGAAGAAAGCAAGGGCAGUGCGUUCACAGUGAGUCAAGAAUUGCCUGUGCAAGCUCGCUCUGACGAGAGGCUUCGCCGCACAUCCUCUUUACAACGCAUACACCACAAAACCAGGGCACUCUGGAUUCUUGUCAUCACUUUCGGGUUGAUAUGUCAGGCUUGCCGCAGUGCAAGGAUGUCAAAAAACAGAGAACUUAUCAUCGACACCGCAGAAGUUAUCGUUACAAUUCUUCUUGAUAUUGAGAUGAUCAUUCGAAUUACGACCGACUGGAAUAAUUUCCAUAGGAGCUGGCGUAAUCUGUUCGAUCUUGGGCUUGCAAUUAUCACUUCCAUCAUAUUAAUUCCCCCUAUUCGCCACACCCGAGCCUAUUUGUGGUUGACGGUCUUUCAGAUUCUGAGAGUCUACCGUAUUGUACUAGCAAUACCUGUGACCCGCGAGCUUAUUCUGCUUGUUUUGGGCAAUGCGGCUGGUAUUGGCAAUCUCAUGUUCUUUGUGUUUCUCAUGACAUUUCUUGUCGCAAUUUUUGCUGCACAACUAUUCAGGGGUGAGAUCCCCUUAUAUAACGACGGUGACCUCAACCGCAUUUCAUUCUACACCAUUUACAACUCUUUCCUGGGCAUGUACCAAGUCUUGACGAGUGAGAAUUGGACGGACAUCCUUUAUACCGUCACUUCAUACACCAGACAUAAGAAUACUUCAUGGAUCGGGGCUAUUCUACUCAUUGGCUGGUUUAUUGUGGCCUUCUUUAUCUUGGUCAAUAUGUUCAUUGCUGUCAUUCAGGAGAACUUCGAUGUGUCUGAAGACGAGAAGCGUCUUCAGCAGGUAAAGGCCUUUCUCCAGAGGCGAGACCUUGGCACAUCAUCCAGCAACCUAGCUCUAUCAACUAUCUUUGGAUUCUCAAAACACCGCAACAAAGAUCCCCUCGACUAUGGGCCGGCGACAGUUGAGAUGCUUCUUAAAGACGCCGUGGUCCGUGAGUUCUUGGACGAUCAAAUGAACCCCAAGCCUGAAGAAGACCGGCUACAUCAUGCACCUAUAAGGAGCGCAACUACAUUGCUAGGAGGCGAAAUCAAACCAGGGCGUCUCUCAGCUGCCUGGGGAAGGGUCAAGGGGUGGUUUAGCGACAGAGAACCUAACCCAUUCUACUCAAGCCUACGAUUUGAUGGUGCGAACGACACCUCAGACCCCCGACAGAUGGCAGAACAGGCUAUGUCUGCUACAAUGACUCGAAAAAGAACUCAGCGGGAGUAUCUUACUAAAUAUCCCAAAUACAACAACUCGUUGUACAUUUUUUCACCUAACAAUAGUCUGCGCCGGCUUUGCCAGCGAGUUGUUGGACCAUCUCGUGGCAUCGAGCGCAUCGACGGCGUUAUACCUGACACCGUUCUUUGGUACUCUUUUACAAUAUUUAUUUACGCCGCAAUUGUGGCCAUGGUCGUCCUUGCAUGUGUUACCACUCCUCUUUAUCAGAAGGAGUAUCAAGAACAGCAUCAGUUCAGUUUUAGGAAUUGGUACAUUUGGACCGACAUGGCCUUUGCAAUUGUUUUCACUCUCGAAGCUGGGAUUAAGAUCAUUGCGGACGGGUUAUUAUGGACUCCAAACGCAUACCUGCGUAGUUCUUGGGGAUUCAUGGACUCCGUUGUCCUCAUAACUCUUUGGAUCAACGUUGUUACGCUACUCAUCAACGACGGUGCUAUUUCUCGAGCAAUUGGCGCAUUCAAGGCUCUCCGCGCACUGCGUUUGUUGAAUGUUAGUAACAGUGCUCGAAACACUUUCCACGAUCUCAUCAUUGUUGGUUGGUGGAAAAUUCUGGGUGCCGCGUUCGUUUCGAUGUCUUUGCUUAUCCCGUUUGCCAUUUAUGGACUCAACCUAUUCAACGGCUUACUGUUGGCUUGUAACGAUGGUGGUGAUGGCAUUCAAACCAUGGAUAACUGUUAUGGCGAGUUUGAGAGCACACCGUUCAGUGAUGACUGGCCGAUGCUUGCUCCUCGUGUCGCUGCGAACCCCUUCUUUAACUUUGACGAUUUUGGUGCAUCCUUGUUCAUUCUUUUCCAGAUUGUCAGUCAGGAGGGAUGGACGGACGUGUCCUUUACCGUUCAAGCCAUAACAGGUCGGAUGAAGCAGCCUCAAGACCUAGCCUCAGAGGGAAAUGCUGUCUUUCUCAUCGUUUUCAAUCUCCUGGCCACGGUCUUCGUUCUUACGCUGUUCAUCUCUGUCUUCAUGCGUAACUACACGGAACAGACGGGUGUCGCUUAUCUGACAGCGGAGCAGCGAUCAUGGCUGGAACUACGAAAGAUUCUUCGGCAAAUUUCGCCAUCGAAAAAUUCGUAUGACAACUCUGAGCAGAGCUGGAAGAAGUGGUGCCAUAAGAGAGCUAUCGAGAAGAAGGGCAAGUGGUACCAGACAAUUACUAUCAUACUAGUAUUGCACCUAAUUGUGCUUGUCUCCGAGUUCGCGGGUGAGCCAUGGUGGUGGACAAGAUACCGCGACGUAGUUUUCUUUGUCUUCAUCGUCGCAUACACGGUCAACAUCGUCAUUCGCAUCGUUGGCUUGGGCUGGGUCCGUUUCCGGCGAAGCUCCUGGGAUUUAUACUCACUGUUUAUCGUCUUUGGUGCAUUUGUCUCAACCUUUGCACUCUUGGUUUCGAAAACCGAGGUCGAAGCCUACGUCCAGCUGCACAAGGUAUUCCUGGUAGCCAUCGUCUUGCUACUCAUUCCCCGCAACGACGCAUUGGACCAGCUUUUCAAGACCGCUGCAGCCAGUCUGACAGUCAUUGGCAACUUGCUUGCAACCUGGCUGGUGUUCUUCCUUGUUUUCGCCAUUGCCAUGACCCAAGCCUUCAGCUUGACACGAUUUGGCGAGGAGACAGCGGAAAACAUCAAUUUCAGGACUGUGCCCAAAGCCCUGAUUCUUUUAUUCAGAAUGAGUUUGGGUGAGGGAUGGAACGCAGUGAUGGAAGACUAUGCCAGCAUUGAGCCGCCACUGUGCGUCGACGAAUCCCGGUUCUUCGACAGUGAUUGUGGCAGUGAAUCAUGGGCAAGGAUUCUCUUCAUUGCAUGGAAUAUUGUCAGCAUGUACAUCUUCGUCAAUUUGUUCGUGUCACUUAUCUAUGAAAGCUUCAGUUACGUCUUUCAACGAUCGAGUGGCAUGGCUGUUGUGGACCGAGAUGAGAUUCGAAGGUUCAAGGAAGCUUGGCGUAGCGUGGACCCGGCUGGUACCGGAUAUAUCACAAAAGAGGCCUUUCCUCGUCUACUUGGCGAGCUGUCUGGCGUCUUUCAAAUGCGUAUCUACGAUCCAGAGGACAGUGUGCACUCUAUUUUGGAGGAUAUCAGAGACGAUGUGAAACUAACGCAUCAUGCUUCUAUUGCAACAACCAGUGGGUUCAGUGGCAUCGACUUGGAUAAACUCAACGCGCGACUGAGGAUGAUCGACGGCGAAAAGGUCCGUAACCAGCGUCGGCGGUACAAUACUUUCUACGAGGAGGUCUUGGUGUCUGCAGACCCUGAUAGGGGUAUAUCUUUCACAAGUGUGUUGAUGAUUUUGGCUCACUACAAUAUCAUCAGUGACAACAAGAGCUUGAGACUUGAGGAAUUCUUGAGACGUCGAGCACGCCUUCAGCGAGUAGACGAUCAAGUCCGACGUGGCGUGGUACUGGGCUUUUUCGACACAUUAUAUUAUUCGAGACAAUUCAAGAAGCACAUAUUGCGCAAACACUCGGCACGCAUGACUGCAGUUCCACAGUUGAACAUCCCAGAGAUUCUAGUUGAGAAUGAUCUCAGUGAUGAUGAAACUGGCGGAGCAGGACCGAAAUCUCCCUUCUCACCAGCGUCGCGUCCGUCAAGUGUUGACGCGGGCGAACCACGAAACUGGUUGGGAUCGGUGGAUCUGUCGUUACACGACACAUCGUGGAGCCAUCCUCUCAGCUUCCCUAGAGCUGCGCCUCCGUCACCCACGACACCUGCUCAGCCAUUGGCCUUUAGCUUUGAGAUUGAGGAUGACGAUCCCCAGGAGCAACAACAGCAGCCGACUACGCAAGCAAGAACAUCAGCGCCGACAGGGCGUGACAGUAAUCACUUAGAUCUUACGAGCCCCGUUCAAGUACGGGGGAUGCUGGACGAUUCCAUCUGGGGUGAAAGUAUCCGCCGUAGCGCGACAGUCCGACAAACACAGAGCAGAGGCUCACGUGGUCACGACGGCUUUCACUUGGGAUGA